ACCGAGGCGCCGGACCGGAACUGCGCGCUCGGAUUGUUCCGCCGACCCCAAGUCGAUGCCGGCCUCGACAUGCUGGUCUCUCGGCUGACGGCUCACCUCGUGAGGGCAUCGCGGUGUGCAGGGCGCUUUUUGUCGAGACCGUCUGUUUCCCUUCUACCUCCUAGAGCAACAGUUUUGGCAAGUUACAGCACACAUCCCUCGAGCAAAAAUGGAGCCCACCCCCACCAGUGGUUUACACUUGACCCUGAACUGGAAGAAAUACUGGUACCUCGCAAGAUGUCCAUCUCCCCCCUUGAAAGCUGGCUGACGGUCCAAUAUUUCCUCCCUAAAAAUGGAGGCAUCAUAAACAUUCAUGACAGGAAAGGUUCCCAACCAUUCCAGCAGUAUGAUCUCCCUGCUCCUUCCAGGGGCACCGAGGCAGAGGAGGAGGAGGCAGAGCAAAGAGGGGAGAUGAACUGGCCCAGAAAGGAAUGCAGAAACAUUUUGAAGAUCCGGAGGAGGAAGAUGAAUAAACACAAGUACAGGAAGCUGAUGAAACGUACAAAAUUUUUGCGGAAGAGAAUCUUGGAAAAACGGCUGUGGCGGAAACAGAAAAAAUUUGAAAAUGAGCUGAAAAGGGUGUGGAAGAGAGCUGGCUUGAAAACCCCCCCAGAGGGAUGGGUAACACCGAAGAUUUAUCUCAGAAACGUAAAAUCUUGAUACUGCUUUGAGUAGAAUUUUAAUUAAAAACAUUAUUUAAAAGACAAA